AUGAAUAAUGACUUACAAAUAUUCAUUGCCUUCACUGAAAGAGAAGGAUUUAAUGAAAAUCAAAAACUUGAAAGCAACUUAUUUAGAGAUUUUAAUAGACCUUUAGUAUUUCCUAAUGAAAAUGAACUUUCAUUACUUGAAUUAUGUUGUUACUAUGGAGCGGUUGAUUGUUUCAAGUUCUUAAGAACAGAAUUUGACUUAGAAAUAACAAAAAGAUGUCUCGAACUUUCAUUUAUAGGAGGUAAUCAAGAGAUAAUGAGUGAAUGUUUGAAAUAUCAUAAGCCAGAUGAUGAAUGCAUGAGAUAUGCAAUUAUUUCACACAACAUUGAUUUUGUAACAUUCUUAGUGAAUGAGUACAAAAUAUAUAUCGACUUGUAUAAUUGCGGAAAAUAUAUUAAUCUUGAUUCAUUUUUAGUUUUUUUCGAUCGAACUCAUUUUUUAAUCGACUGCUUUAUUUUUUCUCCGAUGUUCAAUAUUCCUUCCCUUUGCGAAUAUUUCCUUUCAUUAGGAGUAGAUAUCAAUAAAAAACUUUAUGAAGAAGGAACCGCUUUUCAUAUUGCAGCACUUUAUAAUAGUAAAGAUACAGCAGAACUUCUUAUUUCGCAUGGUAUUAAUAUCAAUGAAAAAGAUAAAGAUGGGAAAACAGCUCUUCAUGAAACAGCAUGGAUGAAUAGUAAAGAAACAGCCAAACUUCUUAUUUCACAUGGUAUUAAUAUCAAUGAAAAAGAUAAAGAUGGGAAAACUGCUCUUCAUGAAACAGCAUGGAUGAAUAGUAAAGAAACAGCCGAACUUCUUAUUUCACAUGGUAUUAAUAUCAAUGAAAAAGAUAAAGAUGGGAAAACUGCUCUUCAUGAAACAGCAUGGAUGAAUAGUAAAGAAACAGCCGAACUUCUUAUUUCACAUGGUAUUAAUAUCAAUGAAAAAGAUAAAGAUGGGAAAACUGCUCUUCAUGAAACAGCAUGGAUGAAUAGUAAAGAAACAGCCGAACUUCUUAUUUCACAUGGUAUUAAUAUCAAUGAAAAAGAUAAAGAUGGGAAAACUGCUCUUCAUGAAACAGCAUGGAUGAAUAGUAAAGAAACAGCCGAACUUCUUAUUUCGCAUGGUAUUAAUAUCAAUGAAAAAGAUAAAGAUGGGAAAACUGCUCUUCAUGAAACAGCAUGGAUGAAUAGUAAAGAAACAGCCGAACUUCUUAUUUCGCAUGGUAUUAAUAUCAAUGAAAAAGAUAAAGAUGGGAAAACAGCUCUUCAUGAAACAGCAUGGAUGAAUAGUAAAGAAACAGCCGAACUUCUUAUUUCACAUGGUAUUAAUAUCAAUGAAAAAGAUAAAGAUGGGAAAACAGCUCUUCAUGAAACAGCAUGGAUGAAUAGUAAAGAAACAGCCGAACUUCUUAUUUCGCAUGGUAUUAAUAUCAAUGAAAAAGAUAAAGAUGGGAAAACAGCUCUUCAUGAAACAGCAUGGAUGAAUAGUAAAGAAACAGCCGAACUUCUUAUUUCACAUGGUAUUAAUAUCAAUGAAAAAGAUAAAGAUGGGAAAACAGCUCUUCAUGAAACAGCAUGGAUGAAUAGUAAAGAAACAGCCGAACUUCUUAUUUCACAUGGUAUUAAUAUCAAUGAAAAAGAUAAAGAUGGGAAAACUGCUCUUCAUGAAACAGCAUGGAUGAAUAGUAAAGAAACAGCCGAACUUCUUAUUUCACAUGGUAUUAAUAUCAAUGAAAAAGAUAAAAAUGGGAAAACAGCUUUUCAUACAGCAGUACGUUUUAAUUAUAAAGAAACAGCCGAACUUCUUAUUUCGCAUGGUAUUAAUAUCAAUGAAAAAGAUAAAAAUGGAGAAACUGCUCUUCAUUAUGCAGUACGUUUUAAUUAUAAAGAAACAGCCGAACUUCUUAUUUCACAUGGUAUUAAUAUCAAUGAAAAAGAUAAAGAUGGGAAAACUGCUCUUCAUGAAACAGCAUGGAUGAAUAGUAAAGAAACAGCCGAACUUCUUAUUUCACAUGGUAUUAAUAUCAAUGAAAAAGAUAAAGAUGGGAAAACUGCUCUU